ACUUUUCGUAAAACUUUUUAGCGCUCCCUUUUGCGUGCAUCUUCCGGUUAUCACCUUUUUUGCGGACGGUUUCUUGCAGCGAUCCCCCCCCGCGGACGUGUGUUGUGUUAUUGCAAAUGUCAACUGGUCGAGUGGUGUGAAAUGUCAGAAAUUAGAAGAACCUGAUGGUUGUUGCUGAUCUGCUGGUGAUUAUUUCCUUUCGCUUUCGCUUCCCGACAAAAGAUCAAAGCAAAAGUUACGAGUUUCGGAUUGUUGAAUGAGAAACAGGGUCUUUCAUAACAAUCGUGCUGUUGUUGUUGUUGUUGUCGAAUCGAGGUGGCCACGACGCAAUGAUCAAAUGAAAAUUAACAGUUAUCCUUAUCCUGGAGCGAAGGAACCACACGUUCACUCGGACACGCGAUGUUCUCCAAAGUAGUCGUCGCCGUUUGAUAAGACGAGGAGCGAAAAGAAGUGCGAGAGUGAUCAAGUGAGCAGAGCAGAGGCAGGAGGACGUGAGGAGACGGUAGAGCAGAGUGAGAGAGUCAUGUUGGAGGUGCUGCAGAUGUUCCUGUUCCUCUUCAAGUCCAAGUACAGGCGAAAAUCGACGGAUCUGCUCGUUUGUGUGAGUGUGCUGCUGUUUGCUGUCGGAAGUCUGCAGCAGGUGCAGAGCAAAUGCGUGGCUCCUGAGGAUUGCGGCGGUCACGGGGUCUGCGUGAACGAGACUUGUGCCUGCUACGACGGAUGGCAGGGCUCACAGUGCCAGUUCUGCGGUGGCAAAGUCAGAUUGGGAACGUCGAAUGGGACGAUCCACGAUGGUUUCGGAAACUACUCGAUCGGUGUGAAAUGCAGCUGGUUGAUCGACGCUCCGAACGCUUCCAUCACCAUUCACCUGGAGGAAUUUGCGACAGAGUGCGGCUGGGAUCACCUGUACAUCUACGACGGUGACAGCGUCAAUUCCCCUCUUCUGGCAGUCUUCAGCGGGCUCAUGUACAGCAACGCCUAUCGCAUCAGAAAGAUACCGGAGGUUGUGGCCCAAUCUGGUACCGCCCUCGUCCAUUUCUUCUCCGAUGACGCCUACAACAUGUCCGGUUUCAACAUCACAUAUCGUCUGAACGCGUGUCCGUCCAACGUCUCCGGCGUCGACUGUUCCGGAAACGGCGUCUGCAUCGACGGUCAAUGCACCUGCAAUGGUCACUGGACCGGCGAGGCUUGCCACCUGGAGAAAUGUCCGAACAAUUGCGGCGCCCACGAUCAGCGUGGAAGUUGCGAACCUGAGAACGGCUGUAAAUGCAGUCCAGGCUUCAAGGGUUCCGACUGCUCCCAACCUGCCUCCAACGGAUACUGGGAGAGUAUCCUUCCCGAUAAUUACGUCGUCGGAUCAGGAUCGGCGUCGCAUGGGGCGGCCGUGUGGAAGGAUUCCCUCUACAUCAUCUCCGGCGAGAGUUACAACAAAGGAAAAAUGCUGUACACAUACGAUUUCAAUGGUAACGUGUGGGAGACUCCGCAUUUGAACGACGGCCCACACAUGCGGUACGCCCACUCGACUGUUCUUUACGGCGACAAGCUGUUCCUGUACGGAGGUAUCUGCGGAAAUCGAGGUCCCACCUCUGAGCUGUGGGCGUUCGACAUCAACGCCCAAUCGUGGGAGAACAUCACGGUGAAGGCGGAGUCUUGUAACGGAAGCAUCCUUCUGUGCGGACCUCUUAAAUCCGCCGGACACACGGCGACCGUCGUCGCAAACAUCGGUAAUAAGAAGGCUGAUCGUAUGGUGGUGAUCUUCGGACAUUCACCGGAAUUGGGAUACCUGAAUACAGUGCAAGAGUAUUACUUCGGGACGAGGGAAUGGCACAUCGUGAAGACUCGCGGAUAUCCGGUGAAGGGCGGCUACGGUCACACCGCCGCCUGGGAUUACUAUACGGGAAGGAUAUACGUGUACGGAGGCGUGGUUUCACUCAACCAAUCCGCUCAGGUGCUCAGCAAACAUAUAUACGCCUACGACCCGAACGAUCGCUCGUGGACGCUUCUGACGGAUGCGCCGAGUGCCCGAUUCCUGCACACCGCCACGUUCAUCUCUCCCACCUUGAUGAUCGUCUUUGGAGGUAACACCCAUAACGAUACCACCCACAACAGCAGCGCCAAAUGCUACAGCUCGGACAUCCUCGCGUACGACGCGAUCUGCGAUACUUGGCAGACGAUGCACGCUCCGGAGACGAUCCAAUCCGAUCUAGCGCGAUUCGGACAUUCGGCUUCGAUUUUCGAGGGAUCUCUUUACAUCUAUGGAGGUUUCGAUGGUCAGAUGCUUUCGGACAUCCUCAAGUAUACACCAGGUACUUGCGAUCCUCUGAGCGCGCAGAACGUCUGCUUGAACACCAGGCCAGGAGUGAAGUGCGUUUGGGACCACAAGAAUGGAAGGUGCAUCAACAUUAAGGAUGUGCCGAGAACUCAACUGAGUAGUGCCGAUUCCGUCAUCCUCCGUUGUCCGGAAAUGAAUCGUUCCUACAUUGGUCACAGGAUCUUCCAGGAUACGGAGAUUUGCGGCGAGAUGGAGGAUUGCGCCAGCUGCGUUUCCACAACCAGAAAAUGUGUCUGGUGCAACACAGUUUCUGGUUGGGUCGGGUCGGCGUGCGCCUAUGAUUCGUGCAAGGAUUCCAAGGACCUGCCCAUUUUCUCUUUGGACCAAUGUCCGUUGGAUGCGGGACCGAUGUGCGAUAAGUUGCAUACGUGUAAAGCAUGCAGCGCUCAAACUAACUAUUGUAAAUGGUCUUAUGAGAGCGCCAAAUGCUCGACGUAUACUCCGCCGACUGCCGGAAACAAUCAGACACAGACCGAUGUGAUGGUUAUUGAUCAGGGACAGCAGUGUCCUCGAGUCUGCUCCGAGUACAGCUCUUGUCAGAACUGCACACAGGAGGAGUGUAUUUGGUGUCAGAACGAGGGUCGUUGCGUGGACAAGAACGCCUACAUCUCGAGCUUCCCGUACGGCCGUUGCCGAGAGUGGACGACGGUCAGCACCAAGUGCCGAAGCAGCGGUAACGAGGAGAAAUCACAGUGCAGCUUCUACUUAACCUGCGCCCAGUGUCGCGACGACCCAGCCUGCGGUUGGUGCGACGAUGGGAGCAGGACAGGACUGGGAAAGUGCAUGCCCGGUGGAUACGCUGGUCCGACUCUGCACACGCAAUCUCUGCCAUCCAGCACGUGCCCUUCGGAGAGGUGGCAUUUCACCAAUUGCCCUCUCUGCCAGUGCAACGGACACGCCAGUUGUCGUGGAAACACUAGCGAAUGUCUUCCGUGUCGUGGGUACACCUGGGGGGCGCACUGCGAGCGCUGCGUCCAAGGCUAUUGGGGUUCGCCGAUAAACGGAGGACAAUGCCAGCCGUGCGAAUGCAACGGACAAGCAACCCAAUGCCAUCCGGAGAGCGGGAAGUGCUACUGCACCACCAAAGGUUUGGGCGGAGAUCACUGCGAGAAGUGCGACGCAGCGAAUCACUACCACGGAGAUCCCACAAACAAAGGAUUCUGCUACUAUGAUCUCACAAUCGAUUACCAGUUCACGUUCAAUCUGUCCAAGAAGGAGGAUCGUCACUACACGCAGAUCAACUUCCGGAAUUCGCCGACGAAACCGGACAUCGACGCCGAUUUUACCAUCACCUGUUCGGUUCUCGCCAAAAUGAACAUCACCGUGAAGAGGGGCAAUUCGAAGGACGAGAAGGCCAUCUACACCGGUCACAACUGCUCCACCUUCAGAUCGCGCUUCACCAAGUCCGAGUACAACUUCGGCACCGAGGACAACGUCACCCUGACCACCUUCUACGUCUACGUGUACGACUUCCAGCCGCCCCUCUGGAUACAGAUUUCGUUCUCGCAAUAUCCCAAGCUCAAUCUGCAGCAGUUCUUCAUCACGUUCUCCACGUGUUUUUUGUUGUUGUUGCUGGUUGCUGCGAUAAUGUGGAAGAUCAAGCAGAGAUACGACAUGUACACGCGCAGGCAGAGACUGUUCGUCGAGAUGGAGCAGAUGGCUUCCAGGCCAUUCUCGCAGGUUCUCGUCGAGGUCGAGGUGAAGGAAAAGGUGGACGCAGAUAACGCAAUCCAUCUGGCCUUGGAGAGGUUGCGGAGCAAGAAGGACGCUCCGAGUCCCAUUGCUUUGGAGCCGUGCAGCGGUAACAAAGCUGCAGUUCUAAGUCUUCUGGUUCGUCUGCCAACAGGAGGUGAACCGUACACUGUGCGAGGACAGUCGGCCGGAUUGGCGAUUGCCAGCACUCUGGUGACGCUGGGAAACACGAGAAAGUUGAGCGUCGAUCAGGUGAAGAUCGAGGUGAAAGGAGGAGCGACGAAGACGUCGAGGAAAUCUCAAUCGCAACAUCCCGACGCCGGAUGUCUCUAGCAUCGAUUGCAUCGACCAGCACUGCCACGUCGGUAACAAACUUAUGUAAAACCAACCAACAGACACAGACGACAAAGAGAUCGUCCUCUACUUAUAUAAAUCGUUCGAAUAUAAAAGCCGCGAACCGAACAAAAACAAAACUCGAAUCGUGAGCGAGGAUGAGAAACAAGAAAAAGAAAACUGGAAUGCUUUAAUAUUAUUUUUUUUUUUCGUUCAAAUUAGUAAUUUAUUGAUUAGUCGCCGCCCUCGAAUACUUAACAUUUUUGUUUUUCAAUUGAUUCGUUAGUUUUCGUUUACCUUUAUUUGUUACGAAUGAAUUGCGAAAGGGCCUGUUUAUUUAUAUUA